AUGGAAACGGCUGCCACGGGGCCCUCUUCCCAUUCAGUCGGCCCGGAAUUCUAUCCAGAGGAAGUGGCAGCACCAGAGCCACCAGCCACAGCAGAAUUGUGGCUUUUGAAGCAGCUUGAAACAGAAGGGAAGUGUCUCACGUCUGCCUUUCUGCCGGUGAACGGAAGGCCUGUUCCUGGAGAAAGCGAGCCACGCCCCGCCACAGCCUGUCCAGCACCCCCCGCCCCGGCCCAGGCAGCGCCCGAGGGGCAGCCCGCCUGCUGCGGCUGCGGAGGGGAAGCCCCCAGGCCGCGCGCCCCUCACCCGCAGGUGGCCCCGCUCAGUGCCUCGUGGCGGUGGCACGUUGGACUGGGAGUAGGCCCAGGCCCAGGCGGGGCCACGCCCAGAAGCGGGGCUCCAAGGGGAGCAGCGGAACCAGGCCAGAACCAGGCCAAAACCAGGCGGGGGUUGCUGGGCCUCCGCACGUGCUCCUCCAGCACGAGGGUCUCAGCAGAGUCAGACAACACCCAGGCGUCCUCAAGCUUUCCAGAGAAAAUGAGACUGGGAAAGGAGGCUGCCAGUUUCAGCUGGCUGGGGCCAGGGACCUGCACGUGGCACUUCUGCGUCUGCUAUUGCUCAAAGGAAGCUGCUAUAUUGAGAUCAGUUUUUAUUUACUGAGUGCUCACCAGCGCCGGGCACAGUGAUGUGAGACCUUCCCAACGGUUCUGCGAUAGCUGUGUUGCCCCCACUUCACAUACUGAGGCUGAACUGGCCCGAGGCCGUCUGCUGUGUGUGAGUCCGGCCUGCAACACAGGCAGUGUGUGUGCGCGGAUGGCUUUCAGAGUGUCCACCCUGUGUCACCUUCUCCUUCCUCAAAAUACUUGGGCAGCUGUCAACUCAUCAGAUCUUCACUGAGACCAAGGAAUGCUUCUCCUGCAUUUGACAGUCUGAGGAGACCUCAGAGACGUCGUGCAACUUGCCUAAAGUCACCGAGGCGGGCCUGUCUGCCUCCGAAGGCCAUGAAUUUGACCACGCAGCUCUGCUGCCUUCCGCUAAGCGAGUGGGGUUCUGCGUGUUUGCCCCUUUCUGCAGUUGGUGAAUUCCACUGGGGCUGAGACUGAGCAAGCUUCUCCGCACCUAUUCUCAUAAGUAGGUGCUUGAAUGAAGGUCAUAAAGGUAAAGGGAACCUUCAACACUAGGAAGCUAUUAAACACCACAUACAUUUAUUUUGUGUUUAUAUACAAUAUGUUGACAUGGAAAAGUUUAUAGUAAGGUAAAAAAAACGAGUUACAAACAUGAUAUAUAACCCCAUUUAGAAAACAUGGCAUAUUCAUAGUUACAGAGUUAGAAAAAUAAAAUCACUUUCAGCGUUUCUUAUGAUCUCUUAGUGGUGAGAUGAUGGAUGGUUUUGUUUUAUCCUUUUUGCUCAACCUGGUUUGUGGCAUUGCA